GACUAGCUGGGUUGAACUACCGUUACCGUGGAAACCUGGUAGCGGUUAAGGAAACAGAGCUGGCAGAGAAUCUAGCGGUUACAUGAGCUUAAAACUACGAACUAACACUUUUGUAAGACAUACUCAAUUGCUAUUUUCACGCGUCUUUUUCAUUGAAGACAUCUCCGUACCUUUCUGCCAUCAAUGUGCCAUGCUUUUAAUCUUUUCCUUCGUUCUUUCUGGUUGUUUGUGUGGAUGAACAAACUAGCUAGCCGGAUUGCUAACAUGAUAAAUAACGUUAGCUAAGCUCUCCAGUCAACAUAUUUUUGCACGCCAUGUAUUUUUUCUGCUAAUGUUCAUUUUGAGAUAUUUAAGAUGUCCGCGACAAUCAACCCACUUUCAAAUCCCAAAGGAGAGAAGAAAUUGUGUGAGCUUUGUCAGAAACCAGCUUACCUCCAGUGCUCGAAAUGUCGUGUGGCCUUCUAUUGUGAUGUUGUGCACCAGCAGGCAGACUGGAACAGUAUCCAUGAGAGGGUGUGUGAGCUGCUUAUUCCUGUACGAGCAUCUACUCCAUUCCGCUCUUUGCAGGCAGACAGGGACCAUCACCGGGUGCAGGCACAAAAGAGACUGGAGCAGCUGCUGGAGCUGUCCCAUACAGAAGCUAAGAGACAAGUUUUGGAGGGGAAGUAUGUGGAGGCCUUGCCUGCUGGUCAGCUUUCGCUGCGCUGUGCCAUGGACCUUUAUGGCCCUGAUGCUGUUGAGCUGGUGCCAGCCUAUCUGCUGCUUGCAGAGGCCAAUGUGGGUUCAGGUUCUCUCACUAAGGCUGAAGGCUAUCUCUCCCAGGCAGAGUGGACAGUGAUGAAGACUCCAGGUUGCAGCCUGACAAUUCUCCAUCAGCUCCACAGGAACUUAGGCCAUCUGUAUACAGCCUUAGGAAACUAUGAAUCUGCUCUCCUGCACUUCGGCAACGAUGUCUACUAUGCAAGCGAGGAGUUCGGCUUGAACACCGUUGAGACGGCUGGAGGUUACUUCCUGAUGGCAGAAGUCUUCAGCAAGCAGGAGAAGUUGGACAUUGCCAACUCCCUCUACUCACAAGUUGCCAGUACCUGGCAUGCUCACCUAUCUAAGCUGGUGGAGUGCUACAAUCAAAUAGGGAAUCAGAGAGCGCAAUACUUUGAUGAGGCGCAGCUUGCAGAGGUGAAUCAUAUGUUGAAUGUGAUGUUGGAGGCUCAGGAGCAAGAUGCAAAAUCACAUCCUGCACUGUCGCACUCUCUUGGCCAGAGCUUGUUGCUGUGUCACUCUCUUGCCAUGCGCUGGUUCCUCUGCAACAACCACGAUAAGGUGCUGGAAUUUGGUAGGAAGGCCAUGGAGUUUAGCCUGCAGUGUGAGCAGAAGAGUCUGACUGAGUCCAUCCAUAGUCUCAUACAACAAGCAGAAAAACACUACAACGCCCAACAAACCCAUAUUAUUCAUCACUAACCAAUACAUUCAACACUCUUAUUCUAAUAUGCACGCUUAAAAUUAACCAGUACACUCACCACGCGCCUCUGACUCAGCUAAUCAUAAUACACUUGGCAGUCAUUCAUUUAACACUCACUUAUAACCUCAACAGUCAUUCAACCUCAGUGCAAAUAUGUACACAACACUGCACAUUCAAUAUUAUGUAAAAAUUCAGUAACAAUGUAAACACAGUAUACAGAAAGUUGAUCUAGCAUCAUAAUCCUUUGUUUGUAGAGCUUAUGGCUGUGCAGUUUCUCAGCAUGCAUUAAAUAAUGCUAUAAUAAUUAAUGAUUAGUAGGUGCUCUGGUGUUAUUAGAAAUCAGAAUGUAUUGAAAUGAUGGUGUUAAAUAACGACACAAGCCUUUGAUGCUCUUUUCAUGUUCCAGACAUUUUUAAAAUGUCUUUAUUAUUAUUAUUAUUAUUAUUUAUUAUUAUUAUUAUUAUCAUAACACAUAACAUCAAUGUUAGAGUUCUAUUACUAGUAGAUUCCCUAGUAUUAAAUUAUACAACAUUGCUUGUGUUUUUGGCAUUCGGGAGGAACGUCUCACUAACAAAACAAAAAAAAAGAAAAGAAAAAAGAGGCGAUGAAGUGUAGUUAACACCUGGAGUCUUUCCCUUUUACAUCCUGGAGAGCAACAGAAUUAAACUGUUAGCAGCAAUUAGACAUAAAUAGUUGUGUUUUUUUAAUGCUGUUAUUAUCCAAUAAGUACAGCCCAUCUUCUCUGUAUUAGAGAGUGGGGUUUGAAGUGGUACCAUGUCAGUAAAAGUGAUCAUCAGGUUGAUCAGAAUUGGCAUUAAUGUAGUCCACCGAAUUCCUGUUUUAAGUCCUUUAAGAUCUGAGUUUACAUUUCAGGAAUGUCACUUUGGUGCCAGUUUAAUACUCAAUGCUCUGAAAUCUUGUGUCAAGUUUUGGUUUGGAGUCAUCAUAUUUGGGAAUUUAAUAAAAGGGCAGAGUAGCA